ACAACACUGCGACCGACCAAAAAAUGUCGACCGACAAACCCAGCGCGCUGCGGUCUAUAAUAGCAGGCGCCACAGCCGGUGCCGUCGAAAUCGCCAUAACCUACCCCGCCGAAUUCGCCAAGACACGCACACAACUCAACCGCAAGCUCGGCGACGGUCAAAAACUACCAUGGCCACCCUUCGGCAAACAAUGGUAUGCCGGGUGCACGACCCUAAUUAUAGGCAAUUCGGCUAAGGCUGCGAUUCGGUUCGUAUCUUUCGAGCAAUACAAGCGCCUGCUCGCCGAUGAGAACGGGAAGGUAUCCGGACCUCGAAACGUGAUCGCCGGCUUCGGCGCUGGGGUUACUGAAUCGCUACUCGCUGUCACUCCUACCGAGUCCAUAAAGACGACCUUAAUCGACGACCGCAAGUCCCCUAAUCCGCGCAUGCGAGGUUUUUUACAUGCCGUCCCGAUUAUUGCGCGGGAACGAGGACUUCGAGGGUUCUUCCAAGGUCUAGUGCCUACAGCCGCAAGACAGUCAGCAAACAGUGCCGUGCGCUUCGGGUCAUAUACAAGCCUGAAGCAACUCGCGGAGUCAUACACAGCGCCUGGGGAGAAACUCGGGACGGUAGCGACGUUUGGUAUAGGGAGUGUGGCGGGUGCUAUUACGGUAGCUGUGACGCAACCGCUUGACACAAUUAAGACGAGGAUGCAGAGUAUCGAGGCGAAACAAGUCUACGGCAACAGUUUUCGAUGCGCGGCUUUAAUAUUUAAGCAUGAAGGGGUUUUGACAUUUUGGAGUGGUGCCUUACCGAGAUUGGCGCGGUUGGUUAUGAGUGGUGGUAUCGUCUUUUCUAUGUAUGAGAAGAGUAUGGAGUUGAUGAAGACGCUGGAUCCGGAAAAUAAGUACUUAUAGACAGGGACGGAUGGACGGAAAAGUUCCUUCGUUAGACUGAUACCCGGAACCUCACGGAUACAGGACCUGGUAGUGUCCCUAGAUAUUCUAAAAGAUGGAGGCGUAUUGUAUCUGGGCUUGACUGGACGGGUGUUACGAAUGCUGCGAUUGCCCCGCGUCCUUUCAAAACUUGAAGAAACAAAAUCGUCAGAACCGCGCGGGAAAAGGAGUCACGCCAAAGUCAGGGUCGGAGGAAUAGUCGAUGUUGCCUCCUAAAGCUCUCGUCUAGGCUCCCGUCCAUCACCAAGUUGGAAGACCGCUCUUCGGCCGCUAUGGAAAUCCUUUAAGGCGAACUUGGUAAACUAAAUUUACGGUCGAAUCAUGAUGCUUGAUAAUCAUUUGUGGAGAGUAGAUUCGAAUAUACACAAAUGCGAGAGACAAAAAGAUCCCAUGAAC